AUUUUUUUUUUUUUUUCAGACGCCGAAAGAAAACUUGCCUUUUUAGAUGUAGAAGGAUAUGACAUUUUUGGAAAGAACUCUCUUUUUGUUCCUCUCAUUAAAUGGGAAGCGUUUUACGAGGAUGUGCAAACCAUAAAAUCAGCGGCUGAAGUUUAUGAACAAACAUUCAACGACAUUAUGACAAGCGUGCAGAAUAAUGAAAAUUUUCAGCAGGUAAACUUAAGAUAUAAAUGGGGAAGUGCAAAGAUAUUAGCAAGUGUUCUCUUAAGAGAGGGGUCCGCAAAAUAUAAGUAAAGCAAGGUUCCAUUAAUAUUUUUUGAUUAUAUUAUGGUAAGAUUAGUUUACAGGUUUCAAGGCAUUACGUUUAAAUCAAAAAAGUGAAAAGAAAGUGAAAAGAGAAAGGAACGUGGAGGAGAGGUAAGAGCAAUGGCGCUUCCAAGGAAGGUGACCUCAUUUGAAACCGGGAAUUGCCUGAGAAUAAAGCCGACAUUUCGCGACAUUACCCCUGAUUUCUGCUCAAAAUGAGGUCUGAGGAGCGAGCGCAGAAAUUCCAUACUGAUGAAGUGCAAUUACCCAUAACUGGGUAGUGCUUCUGAUUGGUUGAAGUAAAUAUCCCUUGCCGCACCACCAUUUACACAGGUCUUGGUAUUGACAUAUGUCAUCACUUAGGCAGCUCAAGCAAGUACGACGGCGACGGCUACGAAAACGUCACUUCAAAGUAAUUUCGCACUGCUUCAAACUUUAUCGAGCUUAUUCCAUAUCGUUCAAGUCCAGAAAAAGAAAAUGAAAGUCGUUGUUUUGCGUUCACCACCUUUACAAAACGUGAAAUUCGGCAAUUUCCCAGUGUUUCAUACAGAUCGAGUAAUCAUCGACCGGUUGACCCGCGGUCAAGGUCAACCUUCCAGAAUUUGGAAGGUACAAUAUGAUUGGCUAAGCCUUGGGAAAGGACUGUUGCUCUCGGUUGAGCAGGAUAGGAUUGUCUGCAUGCGCUCGUUCGGAAAUGUCGGAAGUGUUCUAAGGUUAAUCCUGGAAUUGGGGUUACGUUUUUCUCCUGGGAACUGUAUCUUGAAAAAUUGUGAAAAUAAAAACAAAUAAAUAAAUAAAUAAAUAAAUAAAAGUGGUGGCAGGUUUUAAUAUCUAUUCUCCUAAUUCUCCUAUUCUUUAUCAGUUUAAUUAAUAUAUUUUUAUUUUUUGGUCAGAUGGCGUCAAAAUUUUCAGAAAUUUCGUCUGAGCAGGUAAAAGCACAGAAAAACCGACUUAUCGCUGCGAGAGACCUGGAUGAAAGUGAGAAAAGGAUGUAUAUUAAGGUACUUACGAUGCAUUGAUAUCACCGCCGCCAGCUUAGCUUAGUCCGUGAGAGCACCGGUCUGCCGAACGGAAUGGCUUAGAUAAGAGCUAGACGGAUCUGAGAAAAGGCGGACUGCAAGCAGUCUCACUCAUUUGGUUCAUAUGUUUUUUGUAGUAUUCUGCUGACUAGGUAUUAGCUAUUAAUUAAUCGCAGGCUCAAGCCCAAUUCCGUUUCUUUUUUUGUAGAAAGAAAAAUUCCGGAAGGCCGUUUUUUUAAAGUCCAAGUAAUAACCAUUGCAAUGUACAAACAGGAGCUCCGCUUUUACCUUUGGCGAAACUUAUAUAUUAUUAUUGUCUCUUGUUCUCGCAGGGCAUCAAAUCGCAAGAGCAGCGAAUGGAGGAAAUACUUGUGAGGAUCAUGAACCUGUUACCCGAAGGCUAUGAGAAAACCAAAGAGAAAUUAGACAAGGAACAGUUGAUGGCGGUAGUCCAAGGAGUUACUGGGUUCGCGGCGCCCAUAGCAGGCAAAGAUCCACUUAUAAUAAUUGAUUCGGCUGUGUCUGUAAUGGAUUACGAAAUUAACAAACCCUGCCUCGAAUCACUUGACACCAUUCGUGGAAAUCUCAAGAAAUGGCUGACAUUUGGAGAGGAGUACGAGCCUUUGGAGGAUUCUAGUGACUUUGACUUUGAUAAAGUGGAGGUCUCUGCAAUUCCUGAAGUUAUGAAGGUAUGUAACCAAUAACAUGAAAGCAACAUGAGAAUUAAUCUUAGAUACUCAGAAAGCUUUGAUGCUCGUCAUAACAGGAGGAGGAAAGAUGACCCCUUUAAGUCCCUAUCAGAAUUUGUAUGUGAAUAUGAUAUUCGUAUGUUUAUACUACAACAUGAGAAAUUUCUGCAAUUUGAUUGGCUUAGAGCAGUGGUAUUUCAGCUUAAUUUGAAAUACCUACAUAUGAAAAUUACAAAGCCUUUUGCGGGUAGUAGUAUAAACAAAUAAUAGCAUAAUUUGUACGCGAUAUUUGGCACAAAUACCACUCGUGAUAUUUCAAAAUCGUCUCAAAUGACGUAUAACAAUUUCCAAAUAUCACUCGUGGUAUUUAUGCCAAAUAUCAGCACAAAUCAUGCUAUUACCUGUACAAAUUCUCAAGACUGAUUUCCAUAUACAAUACCUGUCCUCUUAAUCAUAUAUCGAAGUUGUUAGUAGAAAAUUUAGUUUUGUUCACCCUUAGCGAAGGACUUAAUCCGUCAUUAAGCCGAGACUAUAAAGAACGGCCUCCCCUCGUCCCAGCUCUGGUUCCGAAUUUUAAUUCGGAAUGGAAAGUACGCCUGUACGGCGACUAAAUAAAGGUCAUUUCAAAGUAGCGUGCGCAGCUGGCGGAAUCGUUUUUGCGCGUGCGAGAGUAUUGGCGGUGGAGCGGCCGUCCUCGUGGCUUUGCCGCGAGAAGCGAGCACCGAAGACGGAAAAAAGUGCUUCCGAAAAAGCGUCUCCUCCACAUUCUUUGAACGGCUUCGCAGUUCUUCUGCCAAAACUUUGCUCAAGCUAAAUAACAAUCCUGCCGGCUUCGCAGGCUACUUCAGAGUAGAAAAAUGUGGCCAAACAAAGGCUGGAGAACAUAAGCAAGUUGCCCAUCAGGCAUAACUUGUAACGGUUUCCACGCAUGAUGUGAAGCGACUAGAAUGCCGUUGGAAGUGAUUUAGCAACAGAACGAGAACGUCAGCUGACGACCGGAAAGCGCGCGGAAAGGACUAAACGCGAUUUCCGGUGCCCAAUUUGCCGCUCUGCCAUUGAUCAAGAUGUCGUUUAGAUCUGCGCGCGCCGUCAUCAGUGCCGUCGUGUUGUCUCUGCUAAAUCUGCCUAAUAAUUGUCACUAUGUGGAAACAGACGCUUUGAGUUCUGAAAGAAAUCAACUCUUUUCCGACCCCUCUCACCCUCCCCCCCCCGCCCAAAUUGUUAAACUUCUCAGAAUUGUUGUUUUCAGUUUUGUUUUGUUUGUUUGUUCUUGUUUUUCACGUUUAGGCUAACCUCGAAAUAAGCAAAGAAAAGUUGGCGUCUGACUUGGUUUGUCUACUGGAAGAGGCUGCCCGGCCUCGGGACGUUGCCGCUCUGAAAGCGGAAAUAGAGUCAUACUUCAUUGUUGGAGGAGCCCGCAUCGACAUGAUAGGAAAAGUUAUGGAGCUUGAUAACAAUAUUGGAACAUACAACUUUGAUAUUCCAAUGCUCGAAGAGACUGAAACAGGAAUUAUAGAAGCCGGCAAGUCGCAAGGUAUAUGAAAUUGCGAUUUUUAGAGUCUUUGGUCUAACUCUCUUUACAUAUCUUAUCUCUGAUUAAGUAUUUAAAUUAUUCUUUAUAUAUUAUUUUAAUAUAUUUUUGACAAUGCACAAUGGAAAGGUUUAGGAAAUGUCUAAAUUUUAGUCAUUUUAAAAAUAUAUCGAUUUAUUAGCUAACAAAUUGUACAUGAAUGCAUGUAUUCAGUAAUAUUUUAUAUUUCUAAUCAGUCGGUUAAUUACUUUUUAAUCAGGGUCUCGCACUCUGGCGAAGUCUCUAAUUUACCAGAUUCUGCAGUCCUUAAACUGCCUAUAAUCAUGAUAAAUGAAAAGUGAUUUUGCAUAUAAAUUGUCGGUGAGGUAUUGAAUAGUAUAAGGAAAAUAUAAUGUCAUUACCAAUUAUUAUAGUAGAAGCUUGUUCUGUAAUUGUGAGAAUAUUAUUAGAGAAGACGCUUAUUUCCAUUCUGAAGGCACAUUAAGCACUGACCUCCGACAGACCUUCACGGAUAAUCUCCUCAGCACAUACAAACAGCUGGAAAGAUCAUUUAUGAUAAAGCUUUAUGAACUUCAGAAAGCCCUUGGAUUCAAAACAUUGUGGAAUUUGGAAGAUUUGAUUGGCUCCUUCCGGAGGAUUGCCUCAGAGAGUGCACUGGGCGUUGGCCGACUCAAUGGAGUUGUGGAACUCACAAAGGAGCUUCAAAAGUUGUCUGAAGUUAUAGACAAAGUUCAAGUAUGUUUCACUAAACUGAAAUAUACUACAAGCGUCCAUAAAUGGAAUUUUACUAAGAAGUACAACAAACAGGUAAAGUUUUAGUUUAAGCAUUAACACCAGUUUCUGUUUUGCUGUCAUGAUACUUUAUUUCAAAAAGCUCAGUCAAUAAUUCACAAAGAACUAAAAUCUGCUUACAAAACAAAAAUGUGAAGCCUAAAGUUUAAAUAAAUUUACCGUGCAGCUCCGUGUAUAACUCGCGAUCAUGCGCAAUGAAGGACCUAAAAGAUGAUGGAUAGAUUUAACCAAGGAUAAGAGCGAGGUUUCCGUUAAUAAAUUCAUAAUUUACUUCAAGCUAUAAACUUACAACCAUCGCAAAGAAAUCCACUUGGAGUUAAGUCUGUGAUCAGACAGUUGAAAACUAGUUACUUGUCAGCUGAUAACUUCGGAAAAAAAAGUAGCCUCGGCGAGUCGACACCUGAGCCCGCCAUAUGGUCAUGUAAUUCUUGCCAGCGGAUACCCUAUUUUGACAGCUGUCAACUGACUACAACAUGGUUUUGCAAUAUCAGGUUGCAAGCUCCCACACUAGGUAGAAAGCGUGAGAUUUUACAUUGGUUACCUUGUGGUGCGGACGGACCAACAUUUCUCGGAUGGACAGAUAACCAAAUUUUCUUAGCUAUGGGACUCCGCUCGCGCACGCUUUGCGUGCGCGUGUAGCUCCGCUAUAAAGGCCAAUCGACCCAAAUACCUUCUCAGGCACGCGAAUUUAAGCUCCAUAUUAAACCCAUCACGAAGUUGUUUCAUGUUAUCUCUGAAGAAAGUCUUGCCUUUUUUUAUGUAUUACUAAAAUGAUAUCUUGUUUCUAAUUUUGAAGAUGUUCCAAGAUCUCCAGCAAGGUUUCACAAGAUUCAGUAUCGAGGAAAAUGAAAUUUGCCCGACGUGUUACAACGCGCGACUCAUAAAAGUAAGCAUAACCUGGGUACUAAAUUGUACAUCACUUAUGGGGAAAACAUGGUGAUAGUUCUCUUUAAUUUUUGAUUUUUUUUUUUUUUUUGGGGGAUAUUUUGUUUGGGAAGUUAACUCCUUUUCAAGGUGGACAAAGUUUAGAUCAAAAUAGUCAGAGAGGUGUCCAUCUUGUAUAGAGUCAAUUAGAAAGUGACUAAUAAAAGGUUAAUCUGCUACACAGCCGUUUUUAGUGUCAACACUCCUCCCCUGUGUGACAACACUAAAAACCGCUGUGUAGCAGACUAACAAAAGGUAAGAAAGUAUCCGUUUUAGUGAGGUGCCGUCUGUGUAAAUGUAAAAGUAUGCGUUAUGCGAGAGGCGAUUGACUUGUACAAAAUAAUUUGUUUGCUGCAUGUUAUUUGUUUUCAAAGCCUAAAUAUCUUAUCAGUUAAAUAUUAAGAUUUAGCCAUGCCUACACUGUAAAACCGGAGCUCCCUUUAAAAUGCGCAUGCUCAUAAAAGGGUAUAUCUUUGUCUUAUUGGUGCCAAACGAUCUUGGAUUUUCACUGACAUUUUUGCCCUAUUUAAGGGAAUUCACGAUACAGUCUUGGUUUCUGGAUUCCACGCCGUGGGUUCUGGAUUCGGGAUUCUUUGUCACUGGAACUUGCAUUCCGGAAAAAAAAAAAAAAAAUUAAAAUGAACAGCUACUGACAAACGAAUUCUUAACUCAAAAUCAUUAAAACAAAAUCAAAGAGAACUUUAGAGAAGCUGUGUUAUCCGCGAGCUACUUUUCAGUACCGACCAUGCCAAAGAAUUUAUAAACGUAUUAGAGAUAAUGUCAUGAUCAGUAGUGGUGAUGUUGAGCUAUUAAUUUUUUUUAUCUUUUAGAUGUACAUUGAGCUUUAUGGUUCGCCGGAUUCUGAGAAGCAAGAUAAAAAUAUACCUGACAAAAUUCAUCUGAGAGUGCGCCAUCUUAGCGGAUCUCACUUCCUUGCGGGUGACAACCAGAUGAAGACUUACCGUCAGCCAGUUACCGAUUUCAGAGAUUUCAAGUUUGAUCGCUUUACCAUUAGCAAUGAAGGGAAGUGUCGAAAAGCAAAGCAAGAGGGGAGAAGUUCUUGUAAGCUAAAAUUAAAUGGAAAUAAUGUACAUAUGGUUCUUUUGUAGCAACCUUGCCAUCUUAACCCUCGGACGUACAAGAAGGGGGAGGGGUGGUUGUCACCCCGCCCACUGCCCAACCCCCCCUCCCCUCUGAGGCCGUUUUGAGUUUUUUUCCAAGACGAUAAAACAUCAGCACCUGACGUUUUUAGCAGCUGUUCGUUUAUUCCUCGCGUACAUUUUGAGACACAUUUAGUGAUGGUCAGUUCUAUGGUUAUGACGUCAUAAGUAGCAGGUGGUCAAGCCAUGUUUGGGUAAAAAUGCACGUUUUUUCAACUUCUUUCAACAAUAAAAGUAAAACUUGUGGAUGAAAUGAUGCAAAGGGCUUAUUUAUGUGAUAUUUCGUGAGGCACGAAAAUUACGGUUUAUUGCGGUUUUAAUCUGAUUUCUAAUUCUUGGUCAAAUCCAAGAUGGCGACCAUUGUUGCUGAAGUCACAGGCCUCCAGCAGCGCCACCACCCGUAAAAUAUACCUCAUCUUGUUGAGAGGAUCAAAGGCUUUCCAUUAAUUUAAAGGCAAAAUCGUUUUGAAAUACUACAACGUAUCAAAAUCUCUGUGGAAGGGUUCCAUCAACCCCCCUCCCACCACAGUGGGGGUAUGAAUUUGCGUGUACGUCCGAGGGUUAAGUUGCGAAUGCGCUAGCUCUCCUCUUUCUCUCUGUCUUUUUUUUUUUAUUAAUUCAAUUGUUGAUUGAAAUUCACCAAGAUUAAUCAACACCGUGUUGCCGGAUCAAUUCUUUUACUCCGUUCCAUACGAGACGUGGCCAUACACGAAUUUCGUCUGUAUCCGAGAAUAGUUGAAUAUCUUUAGUACAGUGGAACCCCGCCUUACGACCACCCCGUUUAUAAGACCACCUCGUUAUUACGGCCAUAUUCUUUCAAACCAAACGUAAAAGCCUUUGCGUCAUUUUAUUAUUUUGAAGACCCCGUUAAUGAGAGCACCUCGUUACUACGACCAGGAUUUUAUGGUCCAACGGUGGUCGCAUUAACGGGGUUCCACUGUACCAUAUUUUAACAUUCAUAUCUCCUCUCCUUGUCAUAACAAAGGCAACAAAUUGGCCUCAGUUAUUUUAAGGCGCUGAGUACUUUUACUCGUUGAUUAAUUCUUUGUCGAAGCUGUUGUGAAGACGAAUUAAAUUACAUUUCUUUUUCUACGUAUUCUCUGUUGUCCUCUGUUUCAGCGUUCUGUGUCGAGAAGAAUGACGAUCGCUGGAAACCGAUGUGCAGCCACUCCUUAAAUGGUGCAGUUGAUUCAGGCUUGAUGAUGGGCGAGGAAGAAUGCACAAGUCCUCCAGGUUAUUACGAGCUGUUAAUACCCGUGGACAAGAAUCUGGAGUGCAGUGCCUCUCAAAUGAGAGACACCAACUGCAAAGAUCUUGACGUGAGUUUUUGUAAAUCAAAGUCGCUGUGAUUUCUAGCAAACGAAACUUUGACUACAAAACUUUGCAGAUAUAAAUCACUUAUCUCCGAUAACGGAAUCAGCCAUGUUCCCAGCUUACCUCGUAACUAGGCAAGUUCCCAGCCUCCUACGUUUGCUCUCGUAAAUUACCUUGGGGAGGCUAGGUAGGGUGCCGUCUGGCAUGAUAAAUUUUGACUCAGUUGGUCAUGAUAGAUAUCAUGUCGCUGCGAAAUAUAAAGUGGAUAAGUGGACCCCAUUCUCAGUAUCAAAAACUCCUAAUUAUGUAUUGCCUCCAGCGAAAAGUCUGACCUUCAGUAUUGAUAUAGCAGGUAUGGAAUUCAAACUUCUGAGACGUUAGGGGUGCACAUAUGCGGACACUAGAUAUAAUAGAUACUAAGUUCUUGCGAGCAAGCUCUCUUAUUUGGACGAGCCGCGCGAGAACGCGCGAGCGAGCGAGCGGAAGGAGAGAGCUCUCCUCCCUGGCUCUCCUCCUCCCCGCCCCCCACUUUCGCGUCUCCUCUCGCGCGUCUACUUUUCACGAUAUUUCCCAAAUGGAGAGCUUUCUUGCAGGCUAAUUUCCUUGGGGAUAGACUGAUUUUAAACGUAUCAUAUGCAGAAAAAAAUUAGAAUUAGAAUUUGUCAAAUAUAGUAUUACUUAAAAAUAAUAACACCAACAACAAAGUGAGCAACAUAAUACAAUAUAAACAAAAACAAACAAAACAAAAAAAAAUUAUUUAUUUCGAGCUCAUAACAGUAACAUUACAAAAAAGAAAAAAAGAGUUUUUAUGAGGACUUUGACGUCUUUUUCUUUCCAUACUGUGGGCAAUUGUUGUUGGUUCUCUCCCUUGCUCCGAGAGGUUUUUCUCCGGGUACUCCGGUUUUCUCUCUCCUCAAAAUACAACAUUUCCAAAUUCCAAUUCGAUCAGGAAUAGGGUAGACGAAGAACCACUUUGUGGAUGUGCUACCUCCAAAUCAUCAUUAUUAUUAUUAAUUUUCCUCUCUUCCACAAAAACCAACACUUUCAAAUUCCAAUUCAACCAGGAAUCAGAUAGACGAAGAACAACUUUUUGGAUCAGUGCUACAUCCAAAUCAUUUUGUAUUUAUUUAUUUACAGCUGACGAAGUUCACCAAGAUGAACGUUUGGGUGUAUUACUUAUACUGGUCGAACAAGUAUCCUAUCGGACCAGAUGAUCCGAUAUGUCGCGUUGCAACCAUGAAACGGAAUCAAACAGAGAUCGAUGAAGAGAAGUUUCCUGUUGUCCCGAACGAAGAUGAGCGCUGA